CUGGUGUCCACCCUUCACCAUUUAAUACUGCAAGUUGCUUGCCAUCCUCCCACUUUUAUUCUACUCUGCCCACUGCUCUUCAUUUGUCCUCGUUUCCUUCAUAGCUGUGAAAAAAAUAAACCAGGAAGAUGUCAGAGAAAAAGAUGAAUUCCAGUCGCAGGGCUCAUCUAAAGAGCUUGAUGCUCUCAAUAGCGAAAAACUUGCUGGAGGUUGAAGCAAGUACUUUAAAAAAGGAAAAGGAAGUGUAUAUUGGAGAAAACUGCCCUUCUCCAAAUAUGUCUGGGGGUAUUCCUGAGCUGCAGGAAAUGAUCAAAAAGUUGGGCCAGGCUGCGGACAAGAUUGAUGAGGAAAGAUAUGAUGUAGAAUCAAAAGUGAAGAAGGCAGAUAAAGAGAUUGAGGACCUGAAGAUGAAAGUGGUUGAAAUCCAAGGCAUGAAGAAGCCAGCUCUGAAGAAAGUGCGUUUGUCUGCUGAUGCUAUGUUGUCAGCUCUUCUGGGCUCCAAGCACAAGGCUACCAUAGACUUUAAAGCCAACUUGAAACAAGUGAAGAAGGAGGUCAAAGAGGAGGAAGAAGUUGGAGACUGGCGUAAGAAUGUUGAUGAACAGGCUGGCAUGGAUGGCAGGAAGAAGAAGUUUGAAACUGCAUAAACGGCUCAUCCAUUUUUUCAUAAUCAGUCUUUUUUUUGUGCAUGCUAAACUGUUACAGAGUCACUUUUUCAAUUUAACCUACGUAAUGUAUUAUGUUAAAAGUAAUCAACAGCUAUUAAAGAUGGCUUAUAUUACUUAAGACCAUCCCAAAGAGCAAGAAUUGAAUAAAUAAUUUGAAGUAAAAUA